AUGCGUCAGAACUGCAACCGUGACAGGCUUGGUGGGCCAGUUCUAUACACCGAACAGGUCGGCAUCCACCUGAUCCACGCAAUACUCCCGAGUCUCGAUCCUGUGCGCAGAUCACUACUCUACGCGGCGGCCAUGGCGCUGUGGACCGGGCUGGGUCAGGCGGCCACGGUGGCGCAGCUGGUCGGCGCGGACGUCGGCGGGCUCAUCUCCAUGAUCAUGCAGGCUGCGCUGACGGCUCGGCAGAACAGAAGGGAGUGUGAGCAGGUGGCACGCCGGGUCCUCAUGAUCGCGGAGCUGCUGCCGUACCUGGAGGCGUCUCCGGAGGCGGUCCGGCCGCUGGCUGGGCUGGGCGACACGCUCCAUGAAGCGCACGAGCUCGUCAUCUCCUGCCAGGGGAGGAGCCUGUCAUACCAAUUCGCCAUAGCCGGAAGGCAGGCCGAAAGAUUCAGGGACGUUCAGAGCAGGAUCGACUCCUACCUCAUCCUCUUCCCCAUGGUCAGCCACAUAGGCAUAACACGCCGCCUCGACCGAAUCUACAACAUUCUCGUUCAAGAUAGCGCCACAAGUUCAUCCAGUUCGCCCCAGGUGCAGGUAUGUUAAACACAGUGCAAAUUGAUCAAACACGAGUGUUAUUCAAUCGUAUCGUGAUGAAGAUAAGCUCAGUAGAACUCAGUUGUGGUAGUUUGU